AUGUCUUCAACAAAUGGAAAUGGCUACAAGACGCUUUUGGCAACUCCUCUAAUCACACAAGAUGACCAACUUGCACCAGAAACCACCGAGCUUUGGUCCUCCGGCCUGUGUGACUGUUGUGCUGACCCUAAACUUUGUUGCAUAACAUGCUGGUUUCCUUGCGUUACAUUUGGACGAAUUGCAAAGGCAGUCGACAAUGGAAAGACUUCUUGGGUUGCAAGUGCCGGGAUUCAUGGACUGUUGACAUACAUGACUGGGUUCGGAUGGAUAUAUUCAUGCAUGUAUCGUUCCAAGAUGAGAGAACGAUACAUGUUGGAAAGUACUAGUUCAUUCCGUGAUUGUUUAGCUCAUUUCUGCUGCGAAAGAUGUGCUUUGUGUCAAGAGUACCGUGAGCUCCAAUUUCGUGGUUGCAUUAUGUCACCAGCUGAUGACAAACAACAGACGUAUGGAGUGGAGGCUGUGCCAAUUGCUCAUGGAGGAAUGACCCGUUGA